GCCUGGAGCUGCUCAGUUCCAGUGAGAACGUUACUAGAAACGGCUGUGGGAUCUGAGCCUCCCUGUUUCACCUCUCAGGAAACCAAGUGCUCUGCUACUCUCUCAGAGCAGGUAUCAAGCCUUCCCGGAUUAUCAACCAGCCUCUGGCAAACUACUCUGCAUUCCACACCACCACAUACUCUACUGGUUGUCACUGCCUUUGGACACUAAUGUGCUGCUGUUUUUGACCCUUAUUGAUCACCCUUGUUUUACUGCCCAAAUGUCUAUAGAUCACCAUUCUGUAUUGUAGAUAUUUUUAUUGGCAUUUUAUACAUUUCUAUCUGUGCCUACUGAACCCUGAGAUCUUGGAUAUUUUUUUUUCUUUGGACUGGAAAUUCCUAAUAUUUAUUUGGUUUUCUGUGGAAUCACUACACAACCGGAUAUUGGGGUCACCUUAGGAUUCCUGGGUGUACUCCUCUUUCCAAACGAUGCACGCUCAGGACCAGCCAGUAUGGUUCUGCUAUCUUAUAUUCUUUUGCUACGCAAUUGCCAAGGAUAUUUUCCCUACUGCACCACGUGUACAACUGUCAUUUAGAGAGUUGAAGGCUUCAGGUACUGCUCAUUUCCUGAGCUUCUUUCUGAACACUUCAGAUUAUCGUAUUCUGCUGAAGGACGAGGAUCAUGAUCGGAUGUAUGUGGGGAGCAAAGAUUUCAUCCUAUCCCUGGACCUUCAAGACAUCAAUCGCGAGCCCCUAAUUAUUCACUGGCCAGCGUCUCAGCAGAGGAUAGAAGAUUGUGUGUUAUCUGGAAAAGAUAGCAAUGGGGAAUGUGGUAAUUUUAUUCGUCUGAUCCAGCCCUGGAACAGGACUCAUCUAUAUGUGUGUGGAACAGGAGCAUACAACCCAGUGUGCACAUAUAUCAACCGUGGGCGCAGAGCGCAGGCCUCAGAGCUGAGUCACACAUCCCCCGGAGGACGAGGGAGCAGAGCUGCUGAUUCCUCGCUCAGUCCAACGCCAGCAGACCACAAGGAUUAUAUCUUUUACUUAGAACCAGAUCGAGUAGAGUCGGGGAAAGGAAAAUGUGCCUAUGACCCCAAACUGGACAGCGUAUCUGCUCUCAUAAAUGAAGAACUGUACUCUGGAGUAUAUAUUGAUUUUAUGGGCACAGAUGCUGCCGUUUUUCGAGCAAUGGGCAAACAGGCAGCCAUGAGAACCGACCAAUAUAAUUCCCGCUGGCUUAAUGACCCAACAUUUGUCCAUGUGCAGCUGAUUCCGGACAGUGCAGAACGAAAUGAUGACAAACUGUAUUUCUUCUUCCGAGAGAAAUCCACAGACGCCCCACACAGUCCUACUAUAUACUCCCGCAUAGGAAGAGUCUGCUUGAAUGAUGAUGGAGGUCACUGCUGCCUGGUUAAUAAAUGGAGCACAUUCCUGAAAGCUCGUCUCAUCUGCUCAGUACCUGGUGCUGACGGAAUUGAGACUCACUUCGAUGAACUGCAGGAUGUCUUCAUUCAGCAGACACAGGACAACAAAAACCCAGUUAUCUAUGCAGUCUUCUCUUCAUCUGGUUCUGUAUUUAGGGGCUCAGCUGUGUGUGUAUACUCUAUGGCGGACAUACGCAUGGUAUUUAAUGGGCCAUUUGCUCACAAAGAAGGUCCCAACUACCAGUGGAUGCCUUAUACAGGGAAGAUUCCAUAUCCUCGGCCUGGCACGUGUCCAGGUGGCACCUUUACACCCUCCAUGAAGUCCACUAAGGAUUAUCCUGAUGAAGUAAUAAACUUCAUGCGCACUCACCCGAUGAUGUACAACCCUGUAUAUCCUGUCCAUCGACAGCCACUGCUUGUCAGAACCAAUGUCAACUACAAGUUUACUACCAUUGCUGUAGACCAGGUGGAUGCAUCUGAUGGCCGCUAUGAAGUUCUCUUUCUUGGCACAGAUCAGGGCACCGUGCAGAAGGUAAUUGUUCUACCCAAAGAUGAUAUGGAAACAGAGGAGCUUAUCUUGGAGGAGGUGGAAGUCUUUAAGGUACCAGCAUCUAUCAAAAGCAUGAAGAUUUCAUCAAAGAGACAACAGCUGUAUGUGUCAUCCAUGUCUGGGGUGACGCACCUCGCUCUCCAUCGAUGCGAUGUAUAUGGAGAAGCGUGUGCAGAUUGUUGCCUUGCUAGGGACCCUUACUGUGCCUGGGAUGGAAAAACAUGCUCCCGUUAUUCAGCCUCCUCCAAAAGACGCAGCCGGCGCCAGGAUGUAAGACACGGCAAUCCCAUGAGGCAGUGCAGAGGGUACAACUCGAAUGGGAGUAAAAAUGGAGUGGAUGCCGUGCAGUAUGGGGUAGAGGGAAGUUCAGCAUUUCUGGAAUGUCCGCCUCGAUCCCCCCAGGCCUCAAUCAAGUGGAUACUACAGAAGGAUAACACAGACCGUAAAAAGGAGCUUCGCUCUGAAGGUCGUUUCCUCAAGACAGAUCAGGGGCUUCUCCUGCGGUCACUACAACUGUCUGACGCUGGUGUUUACCACUGCACGGCUACAGAGAACAACUUCAAGCACACUGUAAUGCGUGUCCGGCUUCAUGUGCUAAGUGCUGACGCUGUUACAGCCGCUCUUCUACAGCCUGAGCCGCCUGCUGCUCUUGAAACCAACCCUGCUGGACCUCCUGGAGCUUAUGAUGAUUUGGUUCAACUCCUUUCCCAGCCAGAGAUGGGACUCAUCAAUCAAUAUUGCCAGGGCUACUGGCGCCCCACAGGCUCUGCUCAGAGUGAUGCCAAGGACUUGCAAGAACAGAAACGAGCUAGGAACCGAAGAAACCAUCCACCCACAGAAGAGCUUCAGACAUGAAAUGGGAUAAAAACAGGACUUGUUUCCCACUGUCCAAUCGCCCUCUAGAUUGCUCUACCACCCACAAACUGGCCCUUAUUUUAUUUUUCCCCCAUCUCCUUUUUUUAAUAUUAAGACAAAAAACGGAUAUAAAUAUAUAUAUAUAAAUAUAAAUCUAUAGAGAGCAAAUGGUGGCAUUGUAUUUCCCUGGGUCUCUCAGACUUUAUUUAUUGGGGAAAAUGGAAAUUCCCCUUCUUCUGUCCCAGGGGGCAAUUUGAGGCAGAGGGAAUCUGUCCUGAUUUUGAUGACUGUUUUGAGACAGUUUUCAGCAUAUGAGAAACUCCUCUCUUAUCAUUCUACCCAAAGUCCUGAUGCUCUUAAUGUCUUUGUUGGAAAGACCUUCAGAAAGUCUCUCUGUUGCCGCUUUAAACAAUACCGGAGCCUACAAAACAUUGCACCUUUUCCCCAGUGCAGCACAACAGUAUUGUGUCUUCCCGUUAUUUCUACAGGCUUCUGCUGACCAUUGCUCUAUGACCACUGAUAAUGCUCUUCACCAUUCAUCUUUCCAUUACCACUGCCCUAUGAGGCUCUGCUGCUUCCCUUCCACCCCAAUGUCCUCAGCAGUCAUUCCCAAAAACAGACACUGCUAGACACAUUGCCUCUCUGAUUUGAGCUACAAAGCCAAUGAAAUGUUGUCACCUCUCACAGGAAACCAAUAACCUGUAUCUCCAGAGUAUAUAUGUAUCCCUCCUCUAGGACUGAUGUUGGAUGGAACAUUCCAACUUGCUAUGGUGUGGGGUGGAGUUAUUGUAACAUUUAUGUAUCUCUGAAAACAACCCAAACCUAUCAGUGCAUUCAGAAUGUUCCUUCUACAUUGAGGCACUCAUUGCUGGCCAGUGCCAACUGGAGAAUUUUGGGAAUGUGAACAUAUACAAAUAUGGAAUCUAGGAAUAAAUGGAAAUAAUACAGAGGUAUAAAAUAUCAGGUUUCCUCUUUAAAUAGAAUUGGUUUUAGAAACUGUGACCGACAUAUAUGAAAUCUUCCAUUAUUUUAUUUUUUUCAUUGGACAUACUAAUGUAAAAUAUAUAUAUAUUUUUUCAGUGGCCUACCUAGGAUUGUUGCCAUUGUGAACAUGUUCUAGAAACAUAUGUGUUGCAUGAGUGAAUGCCUGCACUUUAUCACAACUCUCUAAUGUUAUACGCUAAGUGAGGCCACAGUGCUCUACAGACCAACAAUUCCUGGACAAGGUUUUCAGGAGAGGAGUGAGUAUGAGGGUUUGUAGAGUUUGUUGUAAUACUCUAUGAUUCCUGCAAUAAGCACACAGGGCUGUCAGAGUAUUGUUUCUUUAUGCAAGUCUUCCUUUUUAUAUAAUGGUAUAACCGAUACCAGUAGAAUGAAAGCUAUGUGUUGUAUGUUUAUUAGGAGGAGGUGAGUGAUCUGUGUCCUAUAUGAUGAAUGUAUUAUGAGGAGAUGAGCAAUGUCUGUGUAUUAGAAGGUGAGAAGUACAUGUGAUAUUAUAUAUAUAUAUAUAUAUAUAUAUAUAUAUAUACAUACACGCAAUGUGUGUGUCACAACAGAAUGACUGUUUAGUAGGAGGUGUGAGGUACAUGUCCUGAUAACUGUGUAUUAGGAGUAAAUGUGUGGCACAGGUAAUAAUGACUGUAUUAGGCAAAGGUUAGAGAUAUGUGGCUAAAAUACUGAGCACCUCACUAGGGGUAAAUGUAUAAUGUCGGUUUAAUAUAUAUAUAUAUAUAUAUAUAUUAUAAUAUCCAGAGGUAUAGAUAUAUGGAAGAUGUGAAACAUACUGAUGUCUUUACUGAGGAGAUAAGAGCCAUGAGGUGACAUUUGUGUAUUAGGAGGAAAAUAUAGGUAUGUAAGGUGGUAUUAGGAAAGUGUGAAAUGUCUAGAUAUAGUUAUAUUAGUGUCCAUAUCAUUGGAAAAGGGGAGAGCUAGUAAGAGAGGAUGUGUAUCUUGUUGCCCAGGUGUAAAAUAGAGUUAAGAUAUUCUGAUGCAUGGUUAUAACAUGAAGGUGCAUGUCCUAUGUCUGAGUGUUAAGUGAAUACACACAUCCGUAUGUCUAGUUAUAGGGUGAAGAUACAUGUCCUGAUGUCUGGGUAUUAUGUGAAGGUGUAAGUCCUGAUCUCUUGGUAUUAGGUAAAUGUGUAUAGGCUGAUAUCUGGAUAUUAUAUAAAGGUGUAGGUGCCAUUGUUUGGGUAUCAGGUGAAGAUGUAUGUCCUGAUGUCUGAGCAAUACAUAAGGAUGCAUGGGUAUUAUGUAAAGGUGUAGGUGCUAAUGUGUGGGUAUUCGGUGAAGAUUCAUGCCCUGAUGUCUGGGUAUUAUGUGAGGAUGCAUGCCCUGAUGUCUGGGUAUUAUGUGAGGAUGCAUGCCCUGAUGUCUGGGUAUAUCUUGUAAAGGUGUAGGUGCUGAUGUGUGGGUAUUCGGUGAAGAUUCAUGCCCUGAUGUCUGGGUAUUAUGUGAGGAUGCAUGCUCUGAUGUCUUGGUAUUAUGUGAGGAUGCAUGCCCUGAUGUCUGGGUAUUAUGUGAGAAUGCAUGCCCUGAUGUCUAGGUAUUAUAUGAGGAUGCAUGCCCUGAUGUCUGGGUAAUACAUAAGGAUGCAUGAGUAUUAUGUAAAGGUGUAGGUGCUGAUGUGUGGGUAUUCGGUGAAGAUUCAUGCCCUGAUGUCUGGGUAUUAUGUGAGAAUGCAUGCCCUGAUGUCUGGGUAUUCUGUGAGGAUGCAUGCCCUGAUGUCUGAGUAUUAUGUGAGAAUGCAUGCCCUGAUAUCUGGGUAUUUUGUGAGGACGCAUGUACUGAUGUAUGAGUUUAUUUGAAGGCAUAGGUCCUCAUGUCUUGGUAUUAGUUGAAGAUGCAUGUCCUGAACCUUGGUACUAUGGAAGGAUGCAUGUUCUGAUAUCUGGAUAUUUUGUAAAGCUGAAGGUCCUGAUGUCAGGGUAAUAUGUAUGGACGCAUUUUAUGAUGUCUGGGUAUUAUAUAAAGGUGCAGGUGCUGAUGUUUGGGUAUUAGAUGAAGAUGCAUGUCUUGAUGGCUGGAUGUUACAUAAAGAUACAUGCCCUGAUGUCUAGAUUUUAAGUGUGGGCGUGUGUCCCCAUUUUUGGUUAAUGGAUGUGAUGUCUGAGUAUUAGUCGGAGAGCAGAAUACUGAUGUCUGAAUAUAAAUUGGAUGGAAGUGCCCUAAUGCCUGAGUAUUAGUAUGGGGUGUGUGCCCUGACUCAUGAGUAUUAGAAGGAGGUAAAUUACUUAAUGUUUCUGGGUAAUAGAUGUAGACGGGUGCCUCAAUUCCUAGGUCUUAUGAGGUAAUGUGUGUCUUUAUAUUUAAAAGUUAGAUGGAGGUGAGGGUCCUUAUGUCUUAGUAUUAUGGGGGAGUCAUGCUGAUACCUUGGUAUUACAAUCCAGUAUAUGUCCCAAUGAGUAAUAUGUAGAGAUAAGGUGCCUGAUAUAUGUGUAUCUGCUGGUGGCGAGUGUUCUGUUGCCUGGAUUUCAGAAGGUGCAUGUCCGGGUGGCUGUGUAUUUGCUAAAGAUGGUUAUCCUGAUGACUGGGUACUAAGGGGAAGUGGGGGGGACCCAGCUGACAGAAUAUUAGGGGUAGGUCAAUACCCAGCUUACUGAGUAUUAUGGGAGGUAGGUAUCCUAAUGACUAAGGAUUUGAUGCAGAGGGGGGUCCUCGUGCCUGAGUAUGUGUUGCUGCCCCAGUUUGGCAGCCUGUAAAAAGCUGUAGAUUAUUACUAUGUAAAAAAGUUUCUCAGAGUUUAAGAUUGAAACGUGCAGUGAAUUCUCUCCUGUGGAUGAACCAGAUAAUAAUAAUAAACACUGAACUGUUUUGCAUAA